UCUCCUAUAUUUCAGCUUCAGCGCCGGCGCCUUGCCCUAAAACCACCUGUACCCACCACCGCCCUUAAAACGAAGCAGCUUCUUAAAAAAACCCUAACUAAAAAUAAUGGCCGACAAGGCUGUUACCAUAAGAACUAGGAAGUUUAUGACCAACAGGCUCCUCUCAAGGAAACAAUUCAUCAUCGAUGUUCUCCAUCCUGGGAGACCAAACGUUUCAAAGGCUGAGUUGAAGGAGAAAUUGUCCAGGAUGUACGAAGUAAAAGACCCGAAUUCCAUUUUUGUAUUCAAGUUCCGUACUCACUUUGGAGGAGGGAAAUCAACUGGUUUUGGGCUUAUUUAUGACUCAGUUGAGAAUGCCAAGAAGUACGAGCCUAAGUACCGCUUGAUCAGGAACGGACUCGAUACCAAGGUUGAGAAGUCUAGAAAGCAGAUGAAGGAAAGGAAAAACAGGGCCAAGAAGGUCAGAGGUGUAAAGAAGACCAAGGCCGGAGAUGCUGCCAAGAAGAAGUGAGAUCCCAUAGGCAUGAGACCAACCCCUUAUUUACCUCACCAUUUCUGUUGUUUGCCAUUGAACUUCAUUUAGUGCUGAGCUCAUUUUCUUCUUUACUGAGUAUCCAUUUGAAG